UCUUUUUUCUUGUUUCCUUCCUUUUCUUUUGCGUGGGUAACUGCUACUAUUCAACUCUCAAGGCUGCUAUUCGUGCUAUCUACUGAUUUGAUUGCAUGAAGGGACCAGUAAUGGUAUCAUUGAAAACGAAACAUCGAGAUCUAAAUUUCCAUGAGAAAAAGUAUCCCUCAUGGCCCUUUAAUCAUCAUGAAGUAUAGAUUCCAUCCAAAAAGCAAGGACUCUCCUUUUACUUUUAAUCUCUUGUUGCUGCUCUAUGUUUAUUCAUCUCUUCUCAAACCCUCUAAACAAGAUCUCGUAGUGCCAAAAUAGCUAUGGAUGGUUUAGAGAGACAAAUGGAAAUACUCAGUAUAAAAAAUAAAGAGAAAUGGAUAAAGCAUUACAGCAGUUCUCAUAAAAUACUACUGGUAGGAGAAGGUGAUUUUUCUUUUGCUGCUUCCAUGGGAAAAGCAUUUGGUUCUGCUGUAAACAUGGUAGCCACUUCUCUCUACCCCCAAGAGACCAUGAUGCUGAAGUAUUCAAAAGCUGCAACAAACUUAAGAGAGCUGGGGGAUCUUGGAUGUCUCGUAAUGCAUGAAGUAGAUGCACAUACUAUGAGCAAGCAUCCUCUACUGAAUCAGAAAUUGUUUGACAGGAUAGUCUUUAAUUUUCCUGCUACAGCUCUCAAAAGGAGUGAAUCUAAUAUUCGCCAAAUCGAAAAACAUCAAAGGUUGGUGAAGGGCUUCCUGGGGAGUGCUCAUAACAUGUUGGAAGUGAAUGGAGAAAUUCAUGUGACCCAUAAAACCACAGAGCCGUACAGUAAGUGGGAGAUAGAGAGAUUAGCAGAGGAUGCUGGUCUGCGCUUGGUUGAGAAAGUUAGGUUCAAGAAAGCUGAUUAUCCAGGAUUCAGUAAUAAAAGAGGAUCCGGGCCCAGAGCUGAUCAGACCUUUUCAGCUGGAAACAGCUGUACCUUCAAAUUUUCCAGGAAUAUUACUUGAGAUAGGACCAAAACAGGCACUGAAACCCAAAUUCAUGCCCUGUCCCCUGCCUGGUGUUAAUGACCAACUACAUGAUAUUCUCCUAUACAUGUAAUGAUAUGGCAUCAACGAAAUAUUUUGUUUCUAUCUAGCAUGCUGAAUACUUGAAUACUCCACGGCAGGGUGGUCUUUGAUGUUAGACUUGGUAACCCUAAAUUCUAUUGUCUUUGGAAUCGUUGCAAGUCCCAGGUACAGGGUAUAUACCAAGCUACCGACUGAAACCAGAACCCCAGAACAGAACCUAACUAUUGUAAUCAAAGCUGAACAACUGGGGACGGUCAGAAAGUCUUUCAAGACUUCUAUGUCAAGCUUCAUACAAAUGAAUAGGCUGAUUUACUUGGUAAUUAAA